CAAACAGAAAGCUUCGUAAUUAUGAUUUCGCAAAAUACAUUUUUAAAACGGUCAUGGCCCAUGCUGAUUCAAUGCGCUGAAGCCCAUAGAAAACCCCGCUGGCUGCCUGUUGCAAAAAGUAAGUUAUAUCGUAUUCCAAAACGUCCUGAAGUGUCUGAAGAAGAGCGGCUGGAGCUAUUGCGUGUAAAUAACAAUUACAAAACACAAAUGCGGGCCAUUAGAAGAUUUUACCAUGAAGAAAUGAUCAAAGAGAAAUCUACGAGAGACAGUGCAAGUUCUGAAAUGUCCUUACGAUUGGAGGCUGACGAAUGGGAGAGAUGUGUUAUUAUAAAUGAUAAAUGGAACGCACAAGUAGCCACCGAACGCGAAGAAAGGAGAAAAAUACAGCUGGCUGAGAUGGAAGAGCUUGCUCUUGCCAAGAUGGAAGCCAAAGACAAAGAGUUAAAAGAGAGAUUAGAGAAAGCUGCAGAGGAAGUCAGGCGGCAAAAGGCGCUAUGCGAAACAUUUAUAACACCAGACAAAUUAGAAGAAGCUAUUGAUUAUGCCCUGGCCAACCCUAUAGAUUACAAUUAUGCUAUUGAUCUUCAUGGAAAGACAUACCUAGGAACCACUACACCUACAAAUGUACAUAAAGAUGAAAAGACCAGCACUGCUGUUUAAUAUUUAUU